AUGAGAAGAAAAUAUCGUUCAGAUGUCAUGUUCCCUCCAACAUGGUUAUGCUUCCUACUCUUCCAUUUCAACACCUCCGCCGCUGCCCUAAUCACCUCUUCUCCUACCGACACCCUAAAUCCACUUGAAUCAAUCACCGACGACCAAAUUGUUGUCUCCACUGAAAGCAAUUUUGCGUUGGGCUUCUUUAGCCCUGGCAAUUCUAGUUUCAGGUACGUUGGAAUUUGGUACAACACAGUUCCUGAAACCACUGUGGUUUGGGUCGCCAACAGAGACAACCCUAUCAACGAUUCCUCCGGAAUCCUCACCUUCGCCCUGGAUGGGAAUCUCGUCGUCUCUUCCCGUAGAGAUCAGAGACGUCCUCUCUGGUCCACCAAUAUCUCCAUAAGUUCCAACUCCACCUUUCUGAAGCUCCUUAACUCCGGAAACCUCGUUCUAUACGGCACGAGCAACGGCACCGACAACACAAAUAGGAUCUUGUGGCAAAGCUUCGACCAUCCGACACACAUGAUCCUUGCUGGUAUGAAACUAGGGUUGGACCGGAUAACCGGUCUGAACCGGGUUCUGAUAUCCUGGAAGUCCAAAGACGACCCUGGCAGAGGGAAUUACUCGCUCCUGUUCGACCCAAGGGGACGGUCAACCGAACAGUUCUUGUACAAGGGGUCGGCUCCGGUCUGGCGAACCGGGCCCUGGAACGGCCAAAGCUUUAACGGGGUCCCAGAGAUGACCCAGACUGACAUCUUCAGUUACAAGUUCGUCAACAACAACGACGAGCUCUACCUGAUUUACGAGAGCGACGUCUUCUCACCAAUCAUUCUGGAUGAAUUUGGGAUCGUUCAGCGAUGGAUAGAGAGUUACCGUCGUUGGAUAACAUUAUUUUGGGCACCUAAAGACAGGUGCGAUUAUUACGGACACUGCGGGGCCUACGCGACCUGUCGCAUUACGGAUAACGCUUUAGAGUGCGCGUGUCUGCCGGGUUUCCAACCAAAGUCUCCAAUGGACUGGUACUUGAGGGAAUGGUCUGAUGGGUGCGUCAGGAAGAGAAGCGUUGGGUGCGGUAAGGGAGGAGACGGGUUCUUGAAGUUGGUAGGCGUGAAGCUUCCUGACACGUCGAUGUCUCUAGUCGACAAGAGUUUGAGCCUCAAGGAAUGCGAGCGAGAAUGCUUGAAGAACUGCUCUUGCAAUGCGUACGCCCCUUCAGAUAUUACCGACGGAGGCAGUGGUUGCGUUGCUUGGUUUGAUAAUUUGAUAGACAUUCGAUAUUUCAAUGCCGGCGGUGGUGAUGAUUUAUAUCUACGUGUGGAUGCAGUGGAGCUAGCUACACAUGCAAGAAAAGAUAAAGAGUUUCUUCAUAACAAGCGAAGAGUGGCGAUUCUUACGGCGUCUCUUGUUGUGGUUGUGCUUCUCUUUGCUGCAUGUGUCUACUGUUUGUUGAAAAAGAUAAGAGGGGCCAUCGAGAAGCGGCAGCGUGGUGGUUUCUUGUUUGAUUUAACAACUAGUUCAUCAAGCUAUAAAAACUUCACUGGAAUAAGUGAGCUUCAAGACAAUGGGAGGAAUCCCGAAUUGCCAUUUAUUGAACUUGAUGCUGUUGCAGCUGCCACAGACAAUUUCUCUCCCAAUAACAAGCUUGGAGAAGGUGGUUUUGGUGCUGUCUACAAGGUAGCUUCUCUUCCCAUGCAUCACCAAUUAAUAUUUAGUUUACAUUUAGUAGGAUCCACUCAGGCUGUCUGUAGCGGCCUGAGUGACACAGACUGA